AUGUCUGAACCUAAGCAGCCCCAUUUCGAAACUUUACAGCUUCAUGCGGGUCAUGAACCAGAUUCCGAGACCCAUUCGCGAGCGGUACCCAUCUAUGCAACCACAUCCUUCACCUUCAAUGACUCCGCACAUGGCGCCAGACUCUUUGGUCUCAAAGAGUUUGGCAACAUAUAUAGCCGGAUUAUGAACCCCACUGUGGAUGUCUUCGAGAAACGUAUCGCUGCCCUUGAAGGUGGCGUCGCAGCCGUCGCAGCCUCUUCGGGUCAAUCCGCACAGUUCAUGGCUAUAUCUGCCCUUGCCCAUGUUGGCGAUAAUAUAGUGUCGACCAGUAAUCUAUACGGCGGUACAUAUAACCAAUUCAAAGUCCUAUUCCCUCGAUUGGGAAUCACAACCAAGUUUGUCCAGGGAGACAGCCCAGAGGCCAUAGCUGCAGCCAUUGAUGACCGUACUAAGGCUGUCUACGUUGAAACUAUUGGAAACCCCCGCUAUAAUGUACCCGACUUCGAAGCCAUCGCUAAGGUAGCCCACGAAAAGGGCGUGCCCCUAGUGGUCGACAAUACAUUCGGCGCCGGCGGUUAUUACUGCCGUCCCAUAGAGCACGGCGCCGAUAUUAUUGUACACAGCGCCACCAAGUGGAUUGGAGGUCACGGCACCACUGUUGCUGGUAUAGUUGUUGACAGCGGAAAGUUUGACUGGGGAAAGAAUGCAGCACGCUUCCCCCAGUUUAUUGAACCUUCCGAAGGCUACCAUGGCUUGAAAUUCUGGGAGACCUUUGGUCCCCUUGCUUUUGCCAUUCGAGUGCGAGUGGAGAUCUUGAGAGAUCUUGGGUCAGCACUGAACCCUUUUGCCGCGCAACAGCUUCUACUCGGCGUCGAGACCUUGAGUUUACGUGCUGAGAGACAUGCAAGCAAUGCUAUAAUACUGGCCAACUGGCUUCGUAAGAAUGAAAAUGUUUCUUGGGUCUCAUACCCAGGCUUGGAGGACCACCCAAGCCAUGAGACCGCGAAGCGCUAUCUCAAGCAUGGAUUUGGGGGCGUGCUUUCUUUUGGGGUUAAGGGAGGUGCAGCCGCUGGCAGCCAGGUAGUUGACGGCUUUAAGCUGAUCAGCAAUCUCGCGAAUGUUGGGGAUAUGAAAACCCUCGCUAUUCACCCUUGGUCUACGACACAUGAACAGCUUACCGUGCAGGAACGCAUUGACUCCGGAGUCACUGAGGAUGGAAUCCGUAUCUCGGUGGGUACCGAGCAUAUUGAUGAUAUUAUUGCCGACUUUGAGCAGUCUUUCAAGGCUGCUAGUGCUCUGUAA